AUGCCAACCCAUGCGCCCGAUACCUCGUUCGAACCCCACGACACUGAGAUAAAUCAACCCAAUGUCGCGUGCCCUGCUCCGUUGACUCCACCGCCAGAGAAUGAUGGGAACGAGGCCACAAGGCGUCUAAUCGCGCCGCUGACCCUUGAUGGCGGAGUUGUUCUCGACCGGCGACCCGUCAGCAACAACACCGCUGCCGGCAUGGCCCAGAUGCAAGAGGAGACUUUAUAUACCACCCUGCCAAGUUUCGAUGAGAAGCUUCAUGCCGAGGCCGCCGGCGAGACAGCUAUGAUCGAUGGUAUUGAUGAUGACAUGGGCUCAAGCGAGCGCGAUGAGAGCGAUGGCAUGAGAGAGACAGGUCGAUUUGAUGCGGCAACCACCAUACCCGUCAUAUCGCACGGCCAGACCCGACAAGUUAUAUCUGUCAUGAGAGCCACGGCGCAUGAGACAGUACCAGAACGCGACGAGUGUGAGCAGGGCACAUCGCCGCCGUCGGCGCCGAUAUCGUCUGUGAGCGACCGAACUGGAGGCUUUCCUCGAUCCGGGGAUCCUCCCGGCCACCCGGCGAUCGACCAAGAACUAGACUGGUCGACCAACGACUUGAGGGAAUGGGACUUUUCACAUCGGCGGCUUCGACCGCAAUAUCCAUCGGCCACGUUCCAGCCCUAUUCCAAGUUCAAGGGCACCCAGCAGUCGGACCGGCAGAUCUACAACGUCGAAGUGACGAUUUUGACCGUGGACAUCGAACAGUGCAGCAUGUCGGGAUAUCUUCAGAUCUGUGGCCUGACGCCGGAUCAUCCAACCCUGACAACCUUCUUCACCGGCGAAAUCAUCGGCGGACCCAACCAGAAGUAUAGCUUCAGGACCCGGGAUCCCACAUGGGGCGCGAGCGACAAGACCGACCUCACGCACUGGGCUCGGUUUCCUGCAUGGAGGCCGCUCAGUCUGCACGCCAAGCGCAACAUCAAUUUUGUAUAUCCCAUGAACCACGAGAACUGGUGGCAGCAAGACUACAUUUUCAUGAGAUGGAAGGAGCAUUUCCUGGUUCCCGACUACAAGUUGAAAUCCAUUCAGGGUGCCAGCUUUGAAGGGUUCUACUAUAUCUGCUUCAAUCAGAUCGAGGGGAGAGUGAGUGGCAUCUACUUCCAUUCCAAGAGCGAAAAGUAUCAACAGCUCGAACUGAAGCACGAGGGACAGCCUGGCGUCUGGAGGAUGGGUGGUUGCUGUUCGUCGAGACCGACCGACUCGCGUGAUCCAGAUCAUGGACACCCACAUGCCCCUCCUCAGACCCGACAUUCUCCUCAGGCCAUAACAUCCCAGACGGCGAUCAACGGUGCAUCCCACGACCCAGACUCGCGCAAUUUCGGGGCGCCUUCGGGGCUGUCCCUCCAUCAGAGUGAAACUUCCCGGUCGGCGCUGUCCAGUCCCAGAGACUCGGUCAACCAGAACACGAGAUCACGGCCGCCCCGACAAUUGUCUCUAGCAGAUCACUAUAACCUGCCCCUUCAGCCGCCCAAAGCGUGGAGGAGCAAAGAUAGGACGUGGACACACUCUCAGUUACAGAGAGAGAGGUAUGAGUUCUUCGAGACCCGUGUCACGGGGAUUCCCGAGAUCUGGAGUGGCUUGAAGCAGGUGAUUCAAUGUCUGCAUGAAGGUGAUUUGGCCGACGCCCAGGGGAUACUGGAUGCUCUCUCCGUAACCCUCCCGACAGGGAAGCUCGAAGAGGGCGCCUAUGAUGAACACGGAAACCUGUACAAAAUACCCCAAGCCGUUAUUUCAGAUCCUAUCGAUGUUGUUGAGGACAACACGGACAUGGACUCCCAGACUGUCACCGGUACUAGUGACAUCGAUGCUAUCGCAGCGAAAUUAGAGGCAGCAGAGGGUGGGGCCCUCGACGCCGGCAAAGAUACCUCUAAUGAAGAAAAGGUGAAAGAAGCUAAGGGCAAAGCUCCUGUUCCCAAGGACGCUGUCAGGGUCAGAUGUCGCCUCAGCGACCGUGGAGACCCUGAUGUGGUUGUGCUCUUGGGCAAAAGCCAGAGGGUCAGCGCACUGGCGCAGAGAAUCCGGGAUGAAACAGACGUCCCCAGCAUGGCCAAGAUCCGCAUCGCAUAUCUUGGCAAGAUCCUAGACGAGAAGCUGACCUUGGUAGAGCAAGGCUGGAAGGAAGGCCAUGUGAUCAACGCACUCGUGGUGGGAGUUUACAGUUGA